AUGGUCGGCCGAGGUUCGCUUUCGGUAGGAACAGGCCGUGGGCUGUUCGGUGUCAUCGGAGGAGGUUCCCUCUGCCUCCUUAUUGUACUGUCCCAUCCUCUCCUCCGCAAGGUCUCCUACGAAAUCUUCCUCCGUACGCACCAAGCUUUGGCGGCUCUCUUCCUCUAUUCCGCUUGGCGACAUCUCCCGUCGGAUGGCCUUGUCCCUCGCUUGUACAUCUACCUCUCUGCUGGCGUGUUCUCGAGCACGCUCCUCUUCCAAGCCGGGAGCGUGCUGUAUCGGAACCGUGCCUUCCGCCACGGUCGCUCGCGAGCCGUGAUCACCCAAUUCCAUGGCGCAGUCAAGAUCAACAUUCAUCUUUCGAAGGCGGUGAAGGUUGAGCCCGGGCAAUAUAUCAACCUAUGGAUUCCUUCUGUCAGCUUCUGGUCCUUUCUCCAAAGCCAUCCGUUUGUGGUAACCUCCUGGGCAGAUGGGCGGCAGGACACUCUGGAGCUCUUUGUGGAGCCUCGCAAAGGCCUCACCCGAGAGCUUUUGAGUCACGCCGAGACCGAGGGGCCCGGUGAUGCCAAAACUUCUCGCUGGGUGCUGUUCAGUGGUCCUCAUGGGAGGAGUGCAGCAGUGGGCGACUAUGAGAACGUACUGAUGAUUGCGGAUGGGUUCGGCAUAGCAGCUCACCUGCCGUACUUGAAAAGACUUAUCCAUGGCUACAAUGCUCGGAAGGUUCGAGCUCGUCGAAUCCAUCUGGUUUGGCAGUUGCGGGAUAUCGAAAUUGGCAUCGCGGCCCAGUCGCUGCUGAACCGUGCCUUGGAUGAUGAUACGCUGGACCGAGGCUACAUCCUCCGUAUCUCGAUCUAUUUGGAAUCCGGAAACGUCCAGAAGGUCUCCUUUGGCCGGCGGGCGACUGUGUACAAUGGGACUGCCUGCAUGCGAGACAUCCUGCACACGGAAGUGACGGGAGCAGACCCAGAAAGGGCAUCAAAGGAUCUCGAAAGGCAAGAGGACAUGGUUCAGGGGGAGAAAGAAAGGACGCUGAUUAUGGUGUCCGGGACCGAACAGCAGCGAGAUGAUGUUCGAAGCCUUAUAUGGGGACAUUUGAAGAACGGGGUGAAAUAUCUGGAACUGGAGUAUCAGCCGAAGGCACGGUAA